UUCCUCUUAGCCAGGUGGCGGGACUGUUGGCUGUGCUGAAUUAGCCGCCGCCGCCUGUCGGAGUCUGGAGCAACUUGGCCAGGCUGUCCCCGACCGGAACUAGAGAAAGCUGAGGCGCAAACCAUGGAAUAUUGGGAAUGUCCCAUUCUAUGAAGGAGGUUUGCUGGCAGCAACAGGAAGAUCCAUGAACAUGGAGGGGUUGGUCAUGUUCCAGGAUCUGUCUAUAGACUUCUCUCAGGAGGAAUGGGAGUGCCUGAAUCCUGCUCAAAAGGACUUAUACAGAGAUGUAAUGAUGGAGAACUACAACAGCCUGCUCUCACUAGGUCUCUCUAUCCCAAAGCCUGAUGUGAUUUCCUUACUGGAGCAAGGGAAAGAGCCCUGGAUGGUUUCAAGGGACGUCUUGGGAGGAUGGUGCCCAGACUUGAAGUUCAGAUGUAAGACCAAAUAUUCAUGUCUGCCAAAAGAAAUCUAUGAAGUAACAUCAUCUCAGUGGGUGAGAAUGGAAAAACGUCAUAGCCUUGUGGGCUCCAGUAUCAGAGAUGACUGGGAAAGCAAAGGCCAGUUUGAGCAACAAGGUAUAAAUCAGGAGCGACAUUUGGGAAAAGCAUUAAUGACAUAUGAAAAAAUGCCAACUUUCUGCCUACAGACAUCUCUCACUCUGCAUCAUCAGAUUCAUCCUGGAGAGAAACUAUAUAAAUCCACAGAAUGUAUGGCUCUUAAGUAUGGCUCAGAACUUACACAAGAGCAAGAAACCCAUACUAGUGAAAAACUUUAUAAAUGUAAGGAGUGUGAGAAGGCCUUUGGUCAUUUUUCCAAUCUUGUUAAACAUCAGAGAAUUCAUACUAGGGAAAAGCCCUAUGCAUGUAAAGAAUAUGGAAAAGCUUUUGUUUCUGGUUCACAUCUUAUUCCACACCAGAAAAUUCAUACAGAUGAGAGACCCCAUGAGUGUCAGGAAUCUGUGAAGGCCUUUAGACCGUCUGCACACCUUACUCAACAUCAGAGAAUUAAUACUGGUGACAAACCUUAUGAAUGUAAGGAAUGUGGAAAAUCUUUUACUUCUGGCUCAACACUAAAUCAACAUCAGCAAAUUCACACAGGUGAGAAACCCUAUCAUUGUAAGGAAUGUGGAAAAUCUUUUACUGUUCGCUCAACACUAAUUCGACACCAGCGAAUUCACACUGCUGAGAAACCUUAUGAUUGUAAGGAAUGUGGAAAAUCUUUUGUUUCAGUCUCAGCAUUAAUUCGACAUCAGCGAAUUCACACUGGUGAGAAACCCUAUGAUUGUAAGGAAUGUGGAAAAUCUUUUACUUUUCGCUCAGCACUAAUUCGACAUCAGCGAAUUCACACUGGUGAGAAACCCUAUCAUUGUAAGGAUUGUGGAAAAUCUUUUACUUUUCGCUCAGGGUUAAUUGGACACCAGACAAUUCACACUGGUGAGAAACCCUAUGAUUGUAAAGAAUGUGGAAAAUCUUUUACUGCUGGCUCAUCACUAAUUCAACAUCAGCGAAUUCACACUGGUGAGAAACCCUAUGAUUGUAAGGAAUGUGGGAAAUCUUUUGCUUCAGCCUCAGCGCUACUUCAACAUCAGCGAAUUCACACUGGUGAGAAACCUUAUCGUUGUAAGGAAUGUGGUAAAUCUUUUACUUUUCGCUCAACACGAAAUCGACAUCAGCAAAUUCACACUGGUGAGAAACCCUAUGAUUGUAAGGAAUGUGGGAAAUCUUUUGCUUCUGGCUCAGCACUACUUCAGCAUCAACGAAUUCACACUGGUGAGAAACCCUAUCAUUGUAAAGAAUGUGGAAAAUCUUUUACUUUUCGCUCAGGGCUAAUUGGACAUCAGGCAAUUCACACUGGUGAGAAACCCCACGAUUGUAAAGAAUGUGGAAAAUCUUUUACUUUUCGCUCAGCACUAAUUCACCAUCAGCGAAUUCACACUGGUGAGAAACCUUAUAAUUGUAAGGAAUGUGGAAAAUCUUUUACUGUUGGCUCAACACUAAUUCAACAUCAGCAAAUUCACACUGGUGAGAAACCCUAUGAGUGUAAGGAAUGUGGGAAGGCCUUUAGACUUCGUUUACGACUUACUCAACAUCAACAGAUCCAUACUGGUGAGAAAUCUUACCAAUGUCAGGAAUGUGGGAAAGCCUUUACCAGUGUCUCAGGACUCACCCAACAUCACAGAAUUCACACUGGUGAGAAACCCUAUGAAUGUCCAGAAUGUGGGAAGGCCUUUACACAGCGUACAUAUCUUAAUCAACACCGGAGAAUUCAUACUGGUGAGAAACCUUAUGAAUGUAAAGAAUGUGGGAAAUCUUUUACUUUCUGCUCAGGACUAAUUCAACAUCAGCAAAAUCACACUGGCGAGAAACCCUAUGAUUGUAAGGAACGUCGGAAAUCUUUUACUUCUCACUCAACACUCAUUCAACGUCAGCAAACACACACUGGUGAGAAACUCCAUGAUGAUAAGGAAUCUGGGAAAUCUUUUACUUCUCAUUCAACACUAAUUCAACAUCAGCGAAUUCAUACUAGUGAGAAACCCUAUGAUUGUAAGGAAUGUGGGAAAUCUUUUACUUCUCACUCAACACUAACUCAACAUCAGCAAACGCACACUGGUGAGAAACCCUAUCACUGUAAGGAAUGUGGGAAAUCUUUUACUCUUCGCUCAGCACUAAUUCAACAUCGGCCAAUUCACACUGGUGAGAAACGCUAUGAUUGUAAGGAAUGUGGAAAAUCUUUUACUUCUCACUCUACACUAAUUGAACAUCAGCGAAUUCACACUGGUGAGAAACCCUAUCAUUGUAAGGAAUGUGGAAAAUCUUUUACUUUUCGCUCAGCACUAAUUCAACAUCAGCAAAUUCACACGGGUGAGAAACCCUAUGAUUGUAAGGAAUGUGGAAAGGCCUUUAGACGUCAUUCAAAACUUACUCAACAUCAACGAAUCCAUACUGGUGAGAAACCUUAUCAAUGUCAGGAAUGUGGGAAAGCUUUUGUCCGUUUGUCAGGACUCACUAAACAUCACAGUAUUCACACUGGCGAGAAACCCUAUGAAUGUAAGACAUGUGGGAAGUCCUUCAGACAGCGUACACACCUUACUCUACAUCAGAGAAUUCAUACCGGUGACAGACCUUAUGAAUGUAAAGAAUGUGGAAAAUCUUUUACUUGUGGCUCAGAACUAAUUCGACAUCAGCGAACUCACACUGGUGAGAAACCUUAUGAUUGUAAGGAAUGUGGGAAGGCCUUUCGAUGUCCUUCACAACUAAGUCAACAUAAACGAAUCCAUACUGGUGACAAAACAUAUCAAUGUCCAGAAUGUGGGAAAGCCUUUUUCUAUGCCUCAGGACUCAGCCGACAUUACAGUAUUCACACUGGUGAGAAGCCUUAUGAAUGUAAGACAUGUGGGAAGGCCUUUAGACAGCUUACACAGCUAAGCCAACAUCGGAGAAUUCACGACCUAACAUAAUGAAUGUAGGAAACCAUUCUCAUGCCAUUCGUUUGCCAUGAAUCAUCAGCAGAUUCCAUAUGUGGGUCAAACACAAUGGAUGUGGGAAUUCCUUUUGCUUCAUAUUCACUUUUUUCAAAAUUAGGACAUUUAAUACUGAAAAAAGUUGAUAAUGAAUGUAAAUGAGUUUUCUAUCAUGACUCAAAGCUUGUUGAAACACAAAUUCAUAUUAGAGAAUGUGGUCAAUGACAAAUGACAACCAUUUACUACCUAUGUGACAUUUGGCUAAUUAUGUAAACUCUCUGUGCCAAAAUUACUAAAUGAUAAAAUGUUGAUAGUAUUAGUUUUUCUGUUUGUUUUGAGAUGGAGUCUCUCUUGUUGACCAUAUUUUUAGUAUAGAUGGGGUUUCACCAUGUUGGCCAGGCUGGUUUCGAACUCCUGACCUCAAGUGAUCCCCCUGCCUUGGCCUCUCAAAGUGUUGAAAUUACAGGCAUGUGCCACUGCACCUGGCUCUAGCUCCAUUAAAAAUAUUUAGACAUAUAUAUAUAUUUCCAAAGAUACUCAUGCAUCAAUAUAUUUAAUAUUUCUUGAGUGCAUACUCUGAGCCAUCCCUGUGUUAGGAACUGUUGAUAAAAUUGUGUGUAAGAAAAAUAAGAACUUUGUUGUCUUGGAGUUUGCUUUAAGUAUAGUAGACAGAGUAACAAACAAAUAAAUUAUAUAUGUAAUAUAAAACCAGACUGUAUGUGUGCUAUAAAGUAAGGUAAGGGAUUAGAGAAAAAUGGGGUGGGCAGGGCUAAUUUGGAUAAGGUAGUCAGGAAAGGCAUUUCUUUUUUUUAAUUUUAAUUUUCUUUUACAAAGACAGGGUUUCACCAUGUUGGUCAGGCUGGUCUUGAACUCCCGACCUCAGGUGAUCCACCCGCCUUGGCCUCCAAAGUGCUUGGAUUACAGGCGUGAGCCACCAUGCCCAGCCAGGAAAGGCAUUUCUGACAAGUUGGUAUUUGCAUGAAUGUAGAUAUAUGGUUGCAUUUUAUUGUACAUAAAUUGUACUUCGAUAAAGUUGAUGAAAACUUAAAAACUCAUCCACUAUGUACUUCACAUUGUUGUAUUUCACUCUAUUUAAAUUAUACUUCCAUUUUAAAAACUUAACACAUCUCUACAACUUACUUAUCUAUUGAUUUCUACUUUUACUAAUAUGCUUAUGGAUGAUUUUAAAUAUAUAUAUAUCUUAACCACUAAGGAUAAUAAAACAACCUUUUAAGAAGGUUAUUUUAAGGUUAAUCAAUUGAGGCGUUGUCUCAACUGACUCUUUUGUAUCAAUUUGUAGUCAGAUGAGGUUUGUCUCAAUUUAUUGAAACAAAUCAAAUGUUUGUUCUCAAAUUCUUACUCUGUCAUUUAUUAUUCCUUCUCCACGUUUUUGGUACUGGUUCCUUGGCAGUAUUUAAACAUGAAUAUUUAUAGAGAGAGUGAAGACGGAAGAGUGCUUUUUAUAGUUCAGCUGUCUUUUUCGUGUGUGACAGGGUUUUGCUGCGUUGCCCAGGCUGGAGUGCAAUGGCACAAUCUCGGCUCACUGCAGCCUCAACUUCCCGGGCUCAACUGAUCCCCCACCUCAGCCUCCUGAGUAGCUGGGACUACAAGUGCACACCACCACACAGAGCUAAUUUUUGUAUUUUUUGUAGAGAAAGGGUUUCAUCAUGUUGCCCAGGCUGGUCUUGAACUCCUGGGCUCAAGUGAUCCUCUCACCUCAGCCUCCAGGUGCUGGGACUUAGAGGUGUAAGCCACUGUGCUCAGCCAAUACUCUUGAUGUUUUUACUCUUUUUUGUGAAAAAAGUAGGGAGAAAUAAUUUUUUAAAGAGCAGAGAAAAGCAAAAUGAAAACAGAUCACCUGUAUAUUCUUAUCAACCAAAGAUGAUCUAUUCGGGGUAAAUCCUUUUAAUAGAGGAUUUUCAAUAUUUCUAGUCUGCCACAGUGUUGGAAAGAAGAAUCAUACCGACAUCUUACCGCAUUUUUUCUCUUCCUGUACCUGGUAUAUCUCUAUGUUUCCAUAGAUAUUCUUUUAGGUGCUUUAGUAAGUCUUUAUGUUUUUAGCAUAAAAGUUUACACAUUUCUUAUUUUACUUAUUUCUAGAUAAUGAUUUUUUUGUUUAUAUUAUGAUUGAGAUACUUUUUCUGUUACGUAAUUGAUUACUAUUACUAUGUACUAAAUGCUGUUUUUUUGUCUAAGGAUUGUAACAUUGAUAAACUAGUAGAUCAAAUGGUUUCUUCAUGAGAUUGAAUUGCCUAGAAAGAUGUCGGUAUUAUUUGUAAAUAAAAAUGUUUGUCUAUUUCUUUCUAUAUGCAUUAUUUCUUUUCUUAAUUUGUACUUUUAGCUUGGAUCAUAUGUAUAGUAUGAAUGUCUAUAGCACUAGUUUCCUCAUCUUGACCCUUUCUGUAAGGGCGUUUUUUUUUGUUUGUUUUUUUUUUCAGGGUCUCACUCUGUUACCAGGCUUAAAUGCAGUGGCAUUAUCACUG